AAAGUCCUCAAAGGAGUCACUGUUUGCCUGAAAGGCGGCGAAAAGGUAGGAGUCGUCGGCAGAACGGGCGCCGGAAAGUCGUCCCUCAUAUCAGCCCUCUUCAGACUCGCCGAACCCGAGGGACAGAUACUCAUCGACGGGGUCGGCGUCCGCGCCAUAGGUCUGCACGACUUGAGGCGUCGCAUAUCAAUCAUACCUCAGGAGCCGACGCUCUUCACGGGUAGUGUCCGUAUGAAUUUGGAUCCCUUUGGCGAUCGGCCGGACGACCAGCUCUGGGCGGCGCUGGACGGGGUGCAGCUCCGGGAUGUGGUGACACAACUGCCGGGACAGUUGGACGCGCUGGUGGCCGAAGGGGGCAGUAAUUUCAGCGUAGGUCAGCGCCAGUUGGUAUGCCUGGCUCGGGCUAUACUGCGAGACAAUCGGAUCCUAGUCUUGGAUGAGGCGACGGCUUAUGUCGACCACAGAACCGAUGCUCUCAUUCAGACGGCUAUCCGAGAAAAGUUCGCUAAUUGUACGGUCAUUACGAUGGCCCACAGACUCAACACUAUCAUCGAUGCCGAUAAAGUGAUGGUAAGUGUGUUAGACGCGGGAGAAGUGAUUGAAUACGAAAUGCCAUACAUUUUGUUGCAAUCAAACGAUGCAUUGUUUACUAAAUUAGUGACACAAACGGGAAAACACAUGACUAUUACAUUGAAACAAAUGGCGAAACAAUACUAUUCGCAUAAAAUGAAUGUCAAUCUCGUAGAGGAACGGGAGGGGGAGGACAACGAGAUAACUGAACCGAUAUUAUAG